AUGUUCUCAAUGGAAUUUAGAAGCUCCUCCACAGAAGCAGCAGAAGUCCAGAACACGUUCGAUUACGAAGGCUGCCAUGACGAAGCUAGGAACACAGAUGCAACUAGAAGGCGAGGAUCAUUUGCACCACCGAUAUUUCUCCCACGAAGUACGAACACUGGCUUUCAGAAGGACGCUAGAGGUCCUGCCGGGCCUCCAUCACCCCCAUUGACUCCACCGAGCAGGUUUCUGAACCGCUCUCCGCCUUCGAUCAUGCCGUUAAAUAGGUCUCCUCCUUCAAUUUCUCCGAAUAAUCAACAGAACAUUCCAUUCCAACGAACUAAUGAAAGGCCAAUUGGACCAACGCCUCCAACGACUCUCCCACCAAGGACCACAAAGCACAUACCAAGGCCACCUUCAGCUGUACCUCCGAACUUUGGGCCACCAGGAAUGACACCAUUUAUGUUCCACGAAGGAAGGCUGGUUGAACGAAACGUUUAG